AUGUUGGCUGAAGAUCUAUUCGACAUGUAUAGCAAACCUGACCCUGUUGCUCCUUCGAACAAGAAAAAGGGAAGCAGGAAACAUCGUGGAGAAAGCAGCUGGAACCCUCCGACGAAAAAGGCUCGGACCGAGGAUCCUUUAGUACCAUUUCCUUCCAAGGAAACAACACCUCCUCCAACUCCCAUCGACCAGACGUCUCCACUAGCCCCCGUCGACCAGACAUGUCCUCCAGCCCCUGCUAACCAAACUCCUCCAACUCACGCUGACCAAACACCUCCUGAUCAGAUAGGAGAGGCUUUGACGAACAUGGUUCUCAGUUCAGCCAAAGAUAGGCUGACAAAGCUAUCGAGGCACCGACACAGCCGAGAGGCCAUCAGCAAUACUGACUCCAUGGAAGUCGAUCAGAUCUUUAACCGUGCAUUGAACAAAGUGCUCAACCUCAAAGUAUCUGAGGAUAAACACGCUGAGGAGCUUAAGACGGCUGAGGCCAAAUACACCGAGCAGCUUGAGGCAGCCAAGAAGAAAAACGCUGAACUGCUCGAACAGAAGGCCAAGCUGGCCGAAGAGCUAAAACAGUUCCAGGCUGCCCUGACCAAAGCCAUUGAAGAUAAAGAGAAGUACAAGGAGGCUUCUUUGCUUAAUUUCAGGGAAGCAUGUAAGCUUCAAGAUGAUCUGGUCAUUAGCAGAAAGGAGACUGAGGGAUUGGAGGAACGUGUCAAAGAGCCUGAGGAGACCAAUGCCAGUAACCUGGAGAGGUACAAGGGAGCCACUUUUAAAUGCUUCUAUAUGUUCUAG